AUUACGUUUUUACACAGUCUCUUCAGAGUUGGUUCCCUGACGGGACACAUUUCAGGCUCUUCAGUAAGAUGUGCAUGUCUGCUUUUGGGGUAAAAGGAGAAACAUUUGUCUGUAAGCUGCUGAGUCAACAGAGGCUGAACACUGAGGAGACAUGGAAGCUGUGGUUGGAUUGGUAGUGAUGCUACUCGGAGUCUCUCACGGUGUAGUAACCCACUGUGAUGGCCGACAGGACAGAGCUCAGUGUUAUGGAGCUUUGGGAGGAACGGUGGUCCUCCAGCUGAUGAACAACCACUCUGACAUACUUAGAUACCAAUUGUUGAAAAAUAGCCAAAUCAUACUGGAUGUGAGAAGGAAUGUCUUGGAAUCUAAUCUGAUAGCAAACAGAUCCUUAUUUACUCCCAAUAAUGGAACAUUUGUGAUCUAUCAACUGAGCAGGACUGAUGGUGGUGAAUAUAGACUUCAGAUCUUUGAUUUAACGGGACGCGAGUCAGUACAGACCCUACAGUUGACCAUUCAAGCUCCUGUGUCCUCUGUCCAGCUGGUCCCUCAGUGUCUGUCCCAGGGAGAGGUGGAGGUGUCCUGCUCCUCUCAGGGAGCGGACAGUCCUCAGUACAGCUGGACUCUGGAUGGAAAAGCUCUGACAGACUCUGAGCUCUUUUCUGGAAACACUGAGACGCACAACAUCACUCUGAGACAGCACGUCUCAGGACGGCUGGUCUGCUCGGUCUGGAAUAACGUCAGUAGAGACUUAAAGCAAGUGAACAUACCUACCUGUGGCUUCAUAUACAUUAACUGCACCUCACCCAAUGGGACGCACAUAUCCCAGUGGGUGUAUGCAGCCAAUAAUACCCGGCAGUGUAUUGAGCCAACUGCAGCUUCCACCACAAUCACAGCAACCUCCCAUCCUGAAACAGUCUACUUACAAAUAACAGCCUAUGUACUGGCUGCACUUUUACUUCUGUUAGUGGUCGGGGUGGCUGCAGUCUGUGCUCAGAGGAAAAAGAAAAACAACAAACCUAAAGAAGGAGGUGAACAGGAAUUGAUCUAUGCCGACGUGAGGAUGGUGCAGCGACCGGGGAGGCAGCUGCAGCAAAGAGCCGAGAUGGAGAUGGAGGUGGAGUACGGCCAAGUCAUGUUUUCAGAUCGACCUCGACAAAUUCCAUAAAGGCGGGUGAUUUUAAAGACAGAUGGAGGAGUCUGUCAAGAGGCCAGGAGGCUUUUCAUCUUAAUUUAAUGCAAUUUACAGUUAGAAAAUCGCUCGGAUUUUAAACCAGUUUCACUCUUGUAUUCUACAAUUUGUGGACAUUUUCUCAGAAGAUUUACUUGUAAAAUAUUUAAAUUACAGGAUAACAAUAUAUUUUCUUGUAUUACAAUUAUCUUAAGAUACUUAAGUUGUACUUGUUUCUAACUUAUGAGCAUAUUUACCGUAAUGUUUUUCUUAAAACACUUACAUUGUUUUUUCAAACAUCUUUUCAAUGUCUGUCAUCGUAUUACUCACCUGAUGUCAAAGUAAUUUAAAGUUAGCAUUUGCCGGUAUUGAAAUCUAUUCAUGAAACGGCUGUAUUAAUUUAGGGUCGGAGUAUAAACUAUUAUGCUCACGCAUAUCGAUGGCCGAAGAGCAAAACCUCUCGUUUAAAAAAAGGCACUUUUUUGUGAAUAAACAACAACUUAUUGUUUUCUUGCAGAAUGCUAUUUAUUAAGGAAUACAUAAUACAAAAUAAAUAAAAAUGCACAAAAACUGCAGAUAGGAGGGUUUUCUCCACUUUUCCUGGAUUAUGUUGCAGAAUUCAAUUCAAUUCAAUUCAGUUUAUUUGUAUAGCCCAAUUUCACAAAUUACUAAUUUGUCUCAGAGUGCUUUAUAAUCUGUACACAUAGACAUCCCUGUCCCAGAACCUCACAUCGGAUCAGGAAAAACUCCCAAAUAACCCUUCACGGGGAAAAAGGGAAGAAACCUUCAGGAGAGCAACAGAGGAGGAUCCCUCUCCAGGAUGGACAGGUGCAAUAGAUGUCAUGUGUACAGAAGGACAUAAGUGUUUCACUUUGGCCCUCAACAUGUAGUGUGGAUUAAUUAAACAUUUGUAGGAGUUAAUUUACAAUUAGAUCAUGCGAUCUUCCUCUGGCUCUCACGCCAGGAAGUGUGCAGUAACCACCUGCUUGGUGUUAACACUUCUGCUUCUUUUCAAACUUGGUUUGUCAGUUGCCGGUGUUAUUAUUAAGACAAUGUCAUUAUGUUUGGUUCAGUUAAUGUUUACAUUUCCCCUUAACGUAGUGAUUAAUAGGAGUGAGUUGUGUAGUUUUAAUCAUGUCGCCUACUCUAAUAUAAAAGUUAGAGAUUUUUAUAAAUUUUAGUAGCAGCCGACAUACAGCAUAUAUUACAUUGCAUCUCAACUGGUACAUGUAGGUCCUUCGUGUUUACUUUUUAUUCUUUACCAAGAAAAACUUAUACAACUGGUCAUACUGAGCAUUCAAUGCAUUAAUCUUUUAAAAUCAUCACGUUUCUAGUUCUCGAUGUUUCCUCUGCCUUUGUGGCUUCAGGUUAGUCAGUUGAGCACAUUUAGACUUAUUUUUCAUGAUCUAAUCUAAUAUUAACCAGUCAGUUAACUUUCAAGAAACAAAUAUAGCCAUCUGCCCGGAAAUAAAUAAACAUGUAAUUUGCAGCCAUUGUUGUGCCAUUGGCAAGUGAAAAAGGGAUAGAUGGUUAAACUAAGGUCAUGUUAAACAUGCUUUAUUGUAAGAGAAAGUACCAAUACAAACUUCAGAUCUUAAAAGUGGUACAUAUUCCUGCCUGAAAUUACUCUAAUCACAAACCACAAUAUUAGGGGCUUAAACAAAUGUAUCAUGGAUGAUAAGGGGGAAAAGAAAUCUACAAAAUAAUAAUAAUUACGCCAGCCAGAGAACCUUAGUUAUUGCUUUAAAAAAUGGUAAGGCCACAGGUCCAUUACUGACAAAAGACAGUUUGUGUUUUCAAUAUAAAAUCCUUUAAAAAAAAAUGUAUAAUCAAAUAUGCAGGGACGGGAGCUGCUGUCAAGGAAAUUAUAUUAAUGGCCAAAUCUUCGAUAAAAAUACCUUUACACAUACUCUAAAGCCCUGUCCAACAUAAACUAAGCAACACUGGGGAAUCAAAUAAAGGCCACUGGUGGCGAGGCAGACCAUAGUGCCAUGCAGGCCACUAUUGAUGGUUUAGUGAAAACCCUGAGAUAACUCUGGGUAAGAAAUGGAGUGGCUUACACUCAGUGGCGGGCCGUCAGGGCCAGCAAGGCCUUCUCUGCUGGCCUAAACAUCAUCAGAAUAUAUAUUUUUUUCUAAAUAUAUUUCCCCACAAAUAUGUAUUCAAUUAUUUCCCAGAGUAAGAGUUAUUCUCUUAAUUUCAUAGCGUUCCUCUUGGUUGCGCUGCUGCCAGCGCCAGGUUGAGAUUUGGAGGGCUGGUCUUUAUGUUAGAUCUUUUAUCCAAUCAUAUUCAGCCAUCGUGUGUUGCCAGGGGGCUAACAUCUGCCCUUAGGCCUUCAGAAUCAACAUUGAAGGCGCUGGUAGCUUCAAGUGAAUGGGAAUGACGAUGUUGUGUCAACCAAUCAGCUUUAGAGUUGGCUCCUCUAGGCCUUCUCGAAGGCCCCGGAAGCGGCACAGGAGCAGCUAGCAGGCGGAGUGCUGCAGGUCUUUUGAUUGGAUUACCAAUAUUGAGAGGCGGGUCCUAUGGGCAGGUAGAUGCAAAACCUCAGAACUAGGAAACUGAAUUUGAUAAAGGAAUUAAUUCGCGGACUACAAAGCUGUUUUUUCAACCCACAAUGGCGGAAGGAGGAGAAGAUGUCGAUUUGGUCGAGCAUAUACUUGAAAUCUGCUUUGGGUGCGACAAUGCCCUGUUUAGUGAACAAACGAGUGCAAGUGACUUUUUUUCUUCUUUUUCUCCGUCCCGAUGCAUUCUGCAGCGGGCGAGACGGAGAGCCGAGAGAAAUGACAUGCUGUUGUGUAGAUACGAUCAACAUCAGACGGCUGUUUAGUUUAAUAAAUGAACAAAGACGUGCUAUAGAGAAAAUGACGGGGGCGGGCCAAUUUAUUUUUAUGUCAUGCGAUCUACCAAUACUACGCCGUGAUCGACGUAUUGAGCCCUGGUCAAGAGCCAUGGCAUCAUAAUGAUAGUAAUAAGAGGUGGAUUAAUUCGGGUGGGACUGUGUAGGACCUCACUGAAGGCCCAGGCCCCAGGCCCACGGCCCGCCACUGCUUACACUACAUAUAACUCAAAACAAGAACACGCAAAAUAAUAGAAAAAGAAAAAUGGCGAAACUGUAGCAGAGUAACCUACAAAGAAAAAAACAAGGAUUAACAAGGUUCAUCAUGCUGCAAAAUUAUACGUAUCGGAAACUAUCCGAUCUGUUGGGUACUUGUAGUUUACAGACCUCAUUUAGAUUGAUGCAUAUGUGUUUGUACAUAUUUAUCUAUGUGGACAUGUGUGUGUCUUUGUAUUGUAUGCUAUACUUUUUUUUCUUUUCGUUGCUGCCUGUGAAACACUUUGCUGCUCGCUUUGAUAUGUGUUGUAUAAAAAGCUUUAUUAUUAUGACAAUAUAUGUUUUCAGAAUAAACCUUCAUUGCACAACAUGAGACUAACGGUCAA